AUGGCCCAACAAGGUAUGCAAACAAACGUUUUGUUUGAAUUAUAUGCAAACAUUUUCUUUAGAAUUACUUUUAUUCAAUUCUUCUUCUGGGGAUAUAGUUUCCAUGUUCUGUAAUUUGCUUUUCAGUGACUAUUGUUUCAAGGGAUCAGUGGGGAGCAGUUCCUCCGAAAAAAGUGACGGCUCUCAAAGGCUUGGCAAAAAGAGUGAUUAUACACCACACAGCCCUCCCAAGCUGCAAAGACCUAGAAGAGUGCAACAAGCGUCUUGCCAGCAUACAAAGAGGCCAUAUGACAGACAAAAAAUUUGAUGACAUUGGAUAUAAGUGAGUAACCUCAAAUAGUUUAGAUGAAAUAAUUUAUCAGAGAUAUAAAUGUGCUGUUUAUGUGCAAAAGAUCACGUUCAUGAAAUUUCCUCUUGAGAAGUUUCUGCUAGAUUUUGAUUCUUAAGUGUUCUAUGUUUUUUACUUGGUUCAGCUUCCUUGUUGGAGCUGAUGGUACAGUGUUCGAAGGUCGUGGCUGGGGUGUGGUAGGAGCACAUGCCUACGGCAACAAUGAUGACUCACUGGGGAUUGCCUUCAUGGGCAAUUUCAACAGUAAGUUACGGGAGCGGUGUUCACUUUUUGCUCUGGGGCAGCAAUGACCUGUAACCUGUAGUUUCCACAAGCCUGCAAUCUGGUUCAUGAUUAUAUUUCUUAUGUAUCGUAUGCUAAAUAUGCAUAAUCAAGUCAUUUUUCUUUUUUCUACAUUUCAGAUGAUACUCCAAGCAAAGAGGCAAUCUCGUCAGUCAAACAGCUGCUGAAGUGUGGGGUUGCUCAGGGCCACUUACAACCAGAGUAUGGCCUGUUUGGGCAUCGAGAUCUGGGCCAAACAGAAUGUCCAGGAACGAAUCUUUAUGCUGCUCUAUCACAACUCAAUGAGAAGUAAAUCUCAUCUCACCGCACACAGUAACGUAGCUAAACGACGAUUUUCUUGCUUCCUUUUAUUUUACUGUGUUCUUUUUACAUUGUUUAUCUAGGAUUAUCUUCUAUCCAAAAAGAUGCUUGAAAGAGGGCGUGGUAGUUUUGACAGAUCUUUUAAUUAAACACAGACCAGCACUUCUGUUCAUGUCUUGGAUUGCUUAGAUUUCUCUGGUGUUAAGUGUGUUAUGGCUGGUCAUUGUUAAUAAACCUAGGAAUAAUUAGUGUUGUUUGAUUAAAUAACAUGUAUUGUAUGUUUUAAUGUUUGUGGCCUUUUGGGAAUAAAAUGUCGGGAGUAUAUUGACCAUCUGUGUAUUUUUUCAAAAAAAUUAAGAUUUGAAGAAUUCGGCUUUCUCUGUCAUUGUCAUAGUUUUUAAUAUCAGAAUCAGCAUUACUGGCCAAGUAUGUGUGUACAUACAAAAAAAUCUGACUGGUAAACUUUUUCCCCAAUCUACAAACAUUAAACAUGAAACGUUAGAAGGAUGACAAGUUAAAUAUUAGCAAUAUGUUAAUUUCACAUAAUACUGGUGAACAGUAAUUCUCUUGUAUGUUUACUCCUUAUUGACCAUUUUGCAUUUAUUUUGUGUAGGAUGUGGGUAUCUCAUGUUGUGGUUAUAAAGACAAGGCUCAUUAGGUUUUGGAAAAUCCCACAAAAUAUCAGAUCAGAUUUUUCUGUUGUCAGCCUCCUCUAUUUUCUCAGCCCUACUUGCUCUCUUCUCGCUCUUUCCAACUGCUCCAAAAGAGCUCUCUGAAAGGUACAUGUCUGACUUUUUUUUCCCCUCCACCCAUGGCUGAAUCUUAGAAUCAGAUGGGAUCAGGGGUUUCUUGCUGGGUCAUGGAUGAGUCCCCGUCCCUCCUAGGCUUGGGCAAUGAGGCAUGGAGGCCUUACUGAAGGCCUCCUACUUAAUUACCUCAUUCAUGGCAAAGAACCACUUUCAUGUCUCAGCAGCAGGCUCCCCUGAUUCAGAGCCACUCCCUGGCUGCAGUUCAAAGCAUAAUUAAAAUGCAUCUCAAUGGUCACCACAAGGCAGGUGAAUCACUUUUCUACCUUUUCUGCCUCUGUAUUGUGACUGUUCCAGCUGGAGUUACAAUGGUGUAUUUGUUCAAAAUUUUCAUCGAAUUAAAACCUUUGAAUUAUUUCUUAUUGAUUCACCGGGAUUGCCAAUCUGGAAGAUGGACUUUAAUCCCCUAAAUCACCCCUGUAAAGGUGCCACCAACCAGCCCAAUCUCCUGAGAGGAGUUUUUAGCCUCAUUCACACUGCAAUUCCACUACCGUGCUGGAAUAAAGUACCAUCAUCACUUCACUUAAGUACUUACCCAUUGCAACCUGAAAUGGUGUAAAAUGGUUGUCCCAAUGUGUGAUCACACAUCCCAUUACAUUGUUGCAGAGGCUCAUAAACACACAGCAAGAGCCACAUACACACUGUGCUGUACCAUCCUGCCAGGUGUGACAUAACACUUCCUCAGCAUUUUUUUCAAUACCACAUCGGUUACCACCAGUAACCAUUGUGGGUUUCAUGACCAAAGUAAUCAUGAAGUGAAAAUCUGAUAUUGUGACAGAACUAGGUCAAACUUGCAGUAAAUUCCUCUCUUCUCCAAUUCAGUCUGUCUUCUAUGACAGAAAAUGCUCUACUAUUUCCUUUAUCUUUUGAAAGUAUAGCCUUAUUGGGCAAUUCUAGCAGCAUGCCGUGUGAAGUCAUACUUACCUAAUGAAAGCACUCAAUGGCCUAAUUAAAACACCCAAUGACACGGAGUGUAGAAGAAUUAAUAACUGGCUGAACCACUGUAUUUUUUCUCCCAGUUGCUUGUUGCUGCAUUUUCUUUAUUGGGGCAGUUAAGCCAGACUUUGUAACCCACACCUGUGUCUGGACACGAUUCGUGACCGAAACUGUCAGAGGGACUUUGCACUUUUGGUGUUGUUGUCGUUAUUUCUGAUGUUCAUGAAAAGGGCUGUGGCUGUGACUGGAUGACAGAUGUUGCUUGACCGGUAUGAUCAGUGCAUAACUGGCAACUGGCUGAGUCAGUUUUGAUCACAGAGAGGUCAAUAGACAGGACAAGAUACAUCCCAUUCAUUAGAUGCAAAUCCGAUUUGCCAGAGUCUUUUCUUUCUGUAACACCAGCCAAGCAGUCAUGUUAUUGUGAGUGCACUCUUGUACAUGUCUGCUGAGGCAGGUCUUGUGUCAAUUUCCCUCCCACCUACCUUCCCCACCCUCUCAAAGUCUCACAUCCCAGCCAUGUCCUCCUAAACCCCUCCUUGCCCUCACCUUGAAAUUAGCCCACUUUCACCCCUACACCAUUUCCCAUCCCUCAGAUUAAUUUAUGAGCUCCACUGUGAUCAGGGUGGUAAGACUCUUGUGUAGUGGAUCCUACAGCACACUCAGAGAUUUUUCCCAACCAUGACAAACUUAACUGAUCUAAAGUCUUCUCAGCAAUGGGGUUAAACAAGAACCAAAAGAUGCCCCCCACUGAGCAUUUUUUAGACUAAAAGAGGUCUAAUAGACGUCUAAAUGUGGACUAGAAAACUGGUCUAAAAUCAGGCUAUCACAGGUCUAAAAAUGAACAUUUUUUAGAUGUCUAAAUCUAGACCAAGUCUAAAUCAAGGCUUUAUCUAUACUACACUGUAUAUUGUUCAACGGCUAUCAUAAUUAUUUUGGUUAAGUACUUGGAGAUCAGUUAUGCAACUCACAGUUGCUUUUUGAAGUAAAUAGUUAUCGCAUAAUGGGUUCAAGUGCAAUGUCUAAAUUCCGUCUAAAACUAUACAGAAUCUAGACGUUUGAAAUCAGGUCUAAAAAAAACUACAUGUCUAAUAACCGUCUAUUGUUCGUGGGACUGGCCUGAGCUUGACAGGGAAAACUAGACAGUGGAAAAAGAAGUAGUUUCUAGGCUGGCCACAUGGUGAUGCCACUGGCCCAAUUAUGUACACUCAAGUCUCUUUAGUAAAAAUCUGGUUUGCUGCAUAGUCUGUUUGUUAUGAGCUAGGACCAAAGUGGAGGAGAUGGGAAAAUCAUUGAUCAACGAUUAUAUCUUUACUGAUCACAUUCUAGUCAGCUGUCUUCAAACCUGCCAUGAAAAGAAGGCCUUCAGAGAUGACACAAAGGGUUGUAGGUAGAUAAACUGGUCACUUAAAGUCCAUGCAUUGUUGGGUUGGAAACUAUCUUGGAACAACUAGGGGGGAAACCUGCAGCCGUAAGACCUUCUUUCAUGAAUUUGAUAAAACAAUAGCUACCAUUUACAGAUAUAAAUUCCAAACAUUUACCUGCCACCUGAUAUUUCUGUCAGGUGUCUUUGUACUUCACAAUCUCAGCGCUCAACAUAAAGUCUCUUCAGCCAGAUGGUCUGCUUCUGUUGUUCUGCAUCUGCAUAGUGUCCUUAAUACAGUCAUCACAUUAUAAUUGUACCUCAGCGGUGGAACAGAAGACAGAGGUGCCGCUUACAGACGAUUUAUGCAGCCCUUUUAUAACACACUCUCAGAAUCAUUAAAUGUGUCUUUAAAAAAAAUCACCAUCUUUCGUUUCAUUAGCCUCAAGAGCAGACUUCACCUGACCCACUCCAGUCAGUCCACAUUAGCAUCCUGUUCUCUAAGUUAACACCCCCCAACCAGAGGGAACACACAACCUACUGGCAAAAUGAACAAAGUGCUGCAGUGAUCAAAGUGCUGUCUCUGAACACCGAACAGGACAAUAAUGAGAUCUGACAUAGUGGAGAGAGUCAGAGUAAAAACAUGCUGUUCUUCAUCAUAUGUGUUUGAGAUGUGAGGUUAAACAACCAUCCAGUAAAGAGUCGCAGAAAAUGGGGAUGAAGUUAUAAUUUGGCUGUUAAACUGUUUAACAAAAAAGCACAGAUACAAUCAUUACCUGCACGGUGAAUCAUAGGCUGUAGAUGCCAGCACGACUAAUGUGAGCAAACUACACACCUUUAAAGACCACUAAAAAGCACAAAUUCAUGGGUCUUUGACCGCCUGUCUUGACACAGUGAACAGAUUCAAAGACCAUGUUUGAAUAUAGGAUACUGGAUUUUUGCUGGUAGUUGAUACAUCGAUAAUUUCAACUUUAUUUUGGCUGAUAUCAACAUCAAUACUUAUAUAAAUACACAUUGUUUUAGUUUUCGUUCUAUUCACAUAUUUGAUACAUCCCUUUUGCUUUCUGCUGAUAAUUAUAUAUCUUAUCUGCAGAUAUUGUCAGAUCUGCCAAUACUGACAUUAUGCUGAUGUCAUUAUGCUUUAUUAUCUCAAAGCCAAUCAAGCAC